AUGCCGAAAUCCUCCAAGGCCAGAUAUUCCACUCAGUUGAACAAGACUUGGACGACUUCUUCACAGCCAGCAUUGUCACCUCUGAAGAUCCAGUCUCAUGCCAACAAACAGGCCUAUGAACGUCGAGAACGCGAAUCCUUCCGACUAGUCAUCUUCUACGCAUCACACACUCCCCCGAAGAUCAUCAUUAUCGAUGACUGUCGCGCAUUUCCAAAGUUCUCCCUCGCAGAGCGUGCAGGCUAUCUUCUUCUCGUGGGAAUUUCUCCGUCUGAUGCUACAGAGGUCUACGACUGUCGAUACCGGUUCUGGACGGAAGUCUCUCUCGACACUGUCCUCUCCGUCAACUCGUCCCCAUGCCUUAUCAUUCGCCGCAACUCAGACAUCGUAUGCGAUAAUCUCCACGGCUGGAUCACGGAUAUUCAGGAGGCCGCUCGUUUGAGAAGUCCGGUGCUGUGGGAUAAUGUUGGAGCUGAACGGGCGAAGGUCUCUGCGUCAUACAAGUCCGGUUCACAUCGCACCAGCAAGAAGCGCAACCACACCGAGUUGGACGAUCUUUCGGAGACAGAGGACAACAUACUAAAGCGACUUCGUGGAGAACUCUCUACCCUACAUAUCCCCUCUGCGCUCGCCACCCAUGCCUGA